AUGCCACAAGACCGAGGGCAACGUCGCAGACAUAACAGGUCAAGAUCGGGGUCGCCAUCUCCAGGUCCUAGCAAGCAUAAGAGAAGCUGGCAGAAUUCAGCAGGUGAACGAUUUGGUGAAGGAAUUAGGGAGCGACACAACUACAGACAUGUCCCCUCACCUGUUAAAGGUGGCAAGAGAGAUUUUAGAUCUCCAGCAAAAGUAAGUGAUCGGAGAAAUUACUCAGAUUCUCUGGGCGUGGUACAUAAAAGCCACCCUGCUCAUAUUCGGAAGACAGGGCAUUCAGAAGGUGAGUUAACUUGUUUGUGA